AUGAUGAGAUUCAUCGACUGUCAUCUCUUUCUCCUCUUCUAUGCUGCAGUCCUUCCUCAGCAUUUCACAGCGGAUGGGAAGGUGAUGAUGGAGUACAUUGGAGCCACAGGAAUUCCUGUAACAUUCGAUCCUGUUCCAGUUGAAGACAAAAUCGACUUUCAUUUCAUACUUGGUUUUGCAAUUGAUGCAGACCCAUCAGGCAAUGCUCAAAAUGGUAUAUUUUCACCAUAUUGGGCUAAUACAUUAACUCCAGAAUCUGUUUUAGCCAUGAAGAAUAAUCAUCCAAAUGCAAAAGCCUUAGCUAGUCUUUCUGGCUGGAGUUUAGCGAACAAAGUCCUUCGCUGGUACAACCCAAAAGACCCUAAACUUUGGAUAUCAAAUGCCUUCUCUUCCCUCAAAUCCAUAGCCCAAAACUAUCAUCUUGAUGGUAUAGAUAUUGACUAUGAGAAUUUCCCAAAGAAUAGUAAUGCUAGUUUUGCUUACUGCAUUGGGGAACUCACUUCCCUUCUGAAGAAUCAAAGUGUGAUCUCAGUAGCCACAAUUGCACCCUUUCAUACCACUGUUUUACCUUAUAUUGAGCUCUUUAAUGGCUAUGGAAAUGUCAUUGAUUAUGUUAAUCACCAAUUCUAUACUGAUAAGGUUAGGACCCCAGAAGCUUUUUUGAGAGCAUUUCAGCUUAGAGCCAUGCAAUUCAACAAAGAUAAAUUGUUGCCUAGCUAUGAAGUCAAUGGAAGAGGUAUUCAAGGGGAUGCAUUUUUUGAUGCUUUAGCUUUGCUGGAGAAUAAUGGAUUCGAUGUUAAUGGAGUUAUGAUAUUCUCCGCUGAUGCUUCUUCCUCCAAUGACUACUACUAUGAGAGGAAAUCUCAAGCUUUCUUGCUCAAUUGUACAAAAGUAUGAAGAUACCUUUAUUUUAUUAUGCAUCUUAGGCAAUAAAUUAUAAUAAAUUGGUUAUUUUUAUGCAAAUGUUAAUUGUACCUAAAGCUAACGUAUUCAUUAUCAUAUGGAAUUAGUAGAUUAACAGAUGAUGAACCAUUAGCCAGAAAAUUAACUUCUCCAUUGUAAUCUUAUUAAAU